AUCACUGGUUGCCUUGGCAGCCUUUGACGUCACGCCUCCCCACCGUGUCCCUGCUCCUGGGGCUGGUGAUGGGAGGGAAACCCCGUUAAUGGGAGCGACAGACUGAAUGAGAAUCAGCUGUGUUGUCAGAGGAAGAACACUAUUAUUUCACACAUUAAGCCCGGAGCAGUCAUGACGAGCUCUAAGGAAGAUCUGGUGCAGAGGGCCAAGCUGGCCGAGCAGGCAGAGCGCUACGACGACAUGGCGGACGCCAUGAAGGCGGUGACGGAGAUGGACCCCAACCUGUCCAACGAGGAGCGGAACCUGCUGUCCGUGGCCUACAAGAACGUGGUGGGGGCCCGGAGGUCCUCCUGGAGGGUGGUCUCCAGCAUCGAGCAGAAGUCCGGCGCCGACCAGCAGAAGUCCGACACCGAUCAGAAGAAGGUGUGCAUGCUGAAGGAGUACCGGCAGACCAUCGAGAAGGAGCUGCAGGACAUCUGCGAUAAUGUGCUGGAUCUUCUGGACCGUCACCUCAUCGCCAAAAGUGAAUCUGCGGAGAGCAAGGUGUUCUACAUGAAGAUGAAAGGGGACUACUUCCGGUAUCUGGCUGAGGUCGCUACGUCAGAGAAGAAAGACGAAGCCAUGAAAAACUCGCAGGAAUCCUACCAGCAGGCCGUGGAUAUCAGCAAGAACGAGAUGCAGCCCACUCACCCCAUCCGCCUGGGCCUGGCCCUCAACUUCUCCGUCUUCUACUACGAGAUCCUCAACUCCCCCGAGGAGGCCUGCAACCUGGCCAAAACGGCUUUUGAGGAAGCCAUCGCUGAGCUGGACCAGCUGAACGAAGACUCGUACAAAGACAGCACGCUGAUCAUGCAGCUCCUGAGGGACAACCUGACGCUGUGGACCUCCGACACCCAGGCCGAGGCAGAGGACCCAGAGGAGAACCCAGGGAACUGAGCCCCGCAUUCUGACUCCAGGCUACCCGCCAAUCACACGUCAACACUGAGACCGCCUCACCUUCCCGCUGUUCUCUAGGGCUCCCAGCAGCCUCUGUCGCUUCUCUUCUGUUUGUGUGACUGAGUGUGCGUGCUUACGUAUGUGUACGUGCGCGUGUGUGGGUGAGUAGGUAUGUGCGUCUGCGUGCGUGCAUGUGUGCGUGUGCCUGCGUGCAUAUGUGCGUGCGUGCAUAUGUGCGUGUGUGCGUGCAUGCAUAUGUACGCAUAAGUGUGUGUGUGUGUGUGUGUGUGUGUGUGUGUGUGUGUGUGUGUGGCAGGCACAGGGUGGGCACAUAAAGGGCAGGGUGCACAGGGUAUGCGAGUUGUCACUCUUCUUUUUUUCUUUAUUUUGUCAGAAUGAUAUGGGCUUUGCAGAAACUGGGGGUCGGGGUGGGUCCAGUUUAGUUUAGUUUAUAUUUGUACAUCAUACGUGAAACGUUGAAAGUGUUUUGACUUUUGUUGUUUUACGCAUCUGUGGUUUACAUCAUGAAGCCUACGUGAUCGUUUGUGAUUCCGGGGGGGGUGGGGGGAGGUGGAGGGUAGGGGCCAGGGUUUGUUGUGGAACUAGCUAAUUGACAGAAGGGCCGUCGAAACAAAAACCAAAUGACCGUAGAGCACCAAAACGGUAACCGUUGGCACCAGAGGAAGAAAACGUUCCAUUUGAUGUCAUCUGUGCAAGCUCAUUUCCUGCCUUGGGUCAACCCCCCCCCCCCCCCCCCAUUGUAACUGUUACGAGGUAUAGAUAUCCUAACAAAGAACAAAGAAAGCACCUAAUAUUAUUUGGAACUUUAAAUUAAAUUUAAUACUGUAUAUUGAGCAGAACUGUUUAAAGAUACUCAUGUGCUUAUCUAGUCACUACGGUUUCAUUAUUAUUAUUAUUCUUAUAAUUAUUAUAUUAUUAUUAUCCCACCCCCUUGUUUCUUUUGAUACUUACCUAAAUGCAUGUGGCUGAGGAUGGCUAUUGGGGAGGGUAUGGAGAUUGCUGUGAUAGGCUAGCUAAGUUUUCAUGUCUGGAAUUUUCAUACAAAACACCCAAACAUAAUUAUUUGGAGGGGACAAUGUAAUUUCAUGUUCGUGAAAUAAAAACAUUUACUUAAAUAUG